AUGCUCGAUAUCUUGCGACCAGCACCCAACAAGGCUCGUCCUUCCCCACAACGGCCCGCCUCGCCCACUCUCUCUCCGGCAUCGUCCACCUCCACCCUCAAGGCUUCCUCAUCCUCUCGUACAAAGCCGGACCCUACAUCCACCUCGGCCUCCGCAGCUCGAUCAAAGGGUCAGCAGGCGCGUCGUUUGAGCAUAGAGACCGCCGUCAUAUCAUCGCAUAGGUAUCGCUACAACCGUGUGCAGCAGCCAGACCAACCUCUUGAUCUCGAUCAACCUCCCUUCCGACGCUCCACAUUUGCUUCCUUACCUUCGCAUCACGCAAAGGCAGCUCGGACCGGCGGCAAAGAUGCUCGCUCUCGUGACGGCUCGCUCGUCGCACCCUCGACGCCCGAAUUGCGUCCCUCCCAACGUAGCAGCAGCAGCAGCAGUCGCAAGCGCUCGCGCCCUCAGAAGCCGCUUCUCGGCGGCCUCUACUUUUCCGACCUCAUCGUCGUCGCCUUCUUUUACGCAGUCAACCUGUUGCGCACCUGCGGCAUCGCAGAGCUCGUAGACGUCGCCUUCAAGGCUUUCGCCUACGUCUGCACCCGCCUCCCCUUUGACUUUUACCAGAGAUGGUCGCUCAGCCGCCCACCUUCCACCCACUUUGCCUCCUGGACACCGCUGACCAACCAUCCUCCACCACCCAACCACCGUCUGCGACGAGAUUUGGACGACCGUCCUACGCCCGCCUCGGCGACGGCUGUCAUCACGUCGUCCGACGAAGAAUCUUCCAGCUUGGAUGCAUUCGACCAGGACGAACAGCUAUCGCCUUUCCACCAUCUCGUCCUCCUCCUCGUCCGCUUCGCAUGCACCAGCUUCCCUCAUCUCGUGCCCCGAGUCCUGUUUGCAGAAGAGACCAUCGGCCCCCUGGUCCGCUGGAGGACGGGUGGUGGUGCCGCUGGCAUCGUCCGCGAAUUCACAAGCGACCAUACCCCGACAGACAGGUCACCGACCAACGCACAGACGUCCACAAUACAGGAUGCACCCAAAGCUCACUCGAAAGCAAAGUCCAAGCCACACUCAACGCAUACAUACACCCGGCCUGGCUUCCGCGCCUUUUGGAUCGGCGCCGACGCCCACGUGCCCGUCGAGGUCAGGCGCUCAGACCCCUCGUCCAGAUCCGCCACCACCUUCCUCUAUCUCCACGGAGGCGGCUUCUCGCUCGGCUCCGUCGCCUUUUACGCCGAAGCGCUCAUCCGCAUCAUCACAAAGGUGUGCAGCCUCGAGGAGCGCGACAACGAUGCUCGCUGCGUGGCCGUCGAGUACGAUCUUGGGCCCACAUCGCGCUUCCCCGGGCCUCUGCUCCAGUGCCUGCGGUGUUACGCCCAUCUCAUCGAGGUCGAGGGCAUCGAUCCGGCCUCCAUCACCAUCGCCGGCGACAGUGCAGGCGGCAACCUCGCCAUGGCGCUCCUCCUCUGUCUCGAUGGUCAGGCUCGCAACGAGCCCGGCCUGGCCGAGCGGGACUGGAGCAGCCUGCCCAUGCCCGGAAAAGCGGUGCUCAUCAGUCCAUGGGCAGACCUGCGGCCGUCGUCGUCGCUUGCCUUUGCCAGUCUCCGCGAAGCAGCUGCAGCAGACGCUCGCUCUGCCGAGUCUGCCGCUGCGAAUCCCCGCCACAAGAGUACGACCGCCCGGGAGCAGCAGGGGUCGGCAGCGUCCGGACGCGUGUCUGCCUGGACCGAGGCGAUCGGCCAGCACGAGUGGGACUACGUCGCAGCGGAGGCGCUCAUGCACUUUGCGCAGCUCUAUGCCGGCGUGCUCAAGACUCCCCGCCGCGUCCGAGGUCCCAUGGGAUGGGUGGCCAAUGUCUGUGCCGUCCUCGCUGGAGACGACGAGGUUGUUCCAGAAUCCAAGACCUCAGACAGGAAAGGCGCUGCUGCAUCCGCCGCUGCCUCAGUUGGAGCCACCGCGCCACUGGCCAUCUUUCGCACGCUUCUUGUGCCGAGCCAGCGCAUCGCGCGAGUCGCGCACACCAUGCUCACCGAGCCUUUACUCCAUCGUACGAGCACCACCAAGUCCUCGCCGAGCUCGUCCGACGCAUUCAACCAGGUCGAACACAUCCGACCCUCGGCGAUCGGCGCGCUGGAUCCCAUCUUCCCCGCUUCCGAGCGCAAGACCGACCCCGUUCCUAGCACCGCCGAUCUGUUCGUGUCGCUUUGGACUGAGCCGUCACAGGACGAGAGCAAGGUCCAACGCGACGCCGAGUUCGAGGCGGCGCGUACGUUACUCGAGACGAGCAAGCUCGUCAACCCGGCCAUCGGAGACUGGAGUCGUAUCCGCCUGAAGCGAGGCAUGCUGGUGCUCUGGGGCGACCGCGAACGGCUCGCAGACGACAUUGAGGCCUGGAUCGAUGCCGUGAGGCAAGCGCAGUCGACACGACGCACUCGCGACGACCGACCAAGCCAGGACCUGGAUCCCUCGCACGCCGACACCGCGGAGGGAAAGCAUUCCUACACGGAUGCUCCGCGCAGGACGCUGCAAGAGCGACGUGCCGCCUCUCGCUCUCCUCACCGCCUCGCCGAGGAGGUGCGCGAGCACACUGCCGACUGGGUAUGCACGGCGGUGGAGCACGGUCCGGGCGGCGUGCACGCGUGGCCGUUCGUGUCGAUGUACCUCGCGGGCUCGGAUGCGGAGCGCGAAAAGGGUCUCGAGAUCAUCGCGCGCUUUGUGGCCGAUCCCAUGCUGAGCCCGGCAUCGACGCAUCCGGGCACGCCGGCGUCCACGGUGGGCUCGCUCGCUGUCGAGCUGCCCGUGGCGCAGGAGCAUCGUCCGCUGAGUGUGGCGGUCAACUCGCCACCGCACUUGAAUGCGGUCUCGCCCGCGGGAUCGAUGCCGUCGGACAUCAGCUCGCGCGGAGACGAGCACGACUACCCCUUUGCGCCGUCGUCGUACACCGGAUCCGAGGGCUGGGACCCGAGCGAGCAGAACGAGCUCGGACUCGAGGGCGUGUAUCCGCACGAGACUGUGUGGACGGAGCCGACGCCGACGCCGUCGACGGGCGCCGCCACGCCGGCCAGCAGCGAUGUCGAAGGCGCAAGCAUUGGGCACGACGAGCUCGCGCAUCGCAUCGGACUCGGACUCGCGGAAGAGGCGCGCUACAGGGCGGAAGGACCAACGCGCAUUGAACCGGUGCACCUGCAUCAUCCCAUGCAGGGUCGCACCGCGUCCUGGCAGCAGGCAAGCAGUGUGCAAGCUGCGCCGGCGCCAAGCAGGUCUCGGCGCGACACUGGCAGCCGCCGUGGUCAACCUGCGGUACUGGGCGGUCCCGUCGCCGGCCGUUCGCUGGCCGAGCUCGAGGCGGAUUCAGACCGCAGCGCGCCUCCGUCUGCGCCGUCGUCGCGUCCCGAGUCGCCAGGCUGGCGUUCCGAGAGUGUGGGCUACGACUCGCACGACGACGAUCUGGGCGCAUCCUCGCCGCCGGAGCUCGACACCGACGCGUACUUUGGCGCGCGCUUCUCGUACGCCGACGACGUGAUCCCCAUGGAUCCGGGCUUCUACGGGCUGUCGCAUUACCACACGCUGCGACCCGAGGGUCUGUCGGACAUUGCCGAGGAAGAGUCGCAGAUGGACACGUCGUCCGUGCUGAGUGGCGGCCCGGGGGGAGGAGCGUUGUCGCCCGGAUUCUCGAACCCGAGCUUUUCGCCCGCCGACGGUGCAUCGCCUGUGGUGGCAGCGGCGAAUCCGGGCCGGUACGGUGCGGCGUAUACGCCGUCGGCAAGCGAGAUGGCGCGGCUGCGAGAAGCGCUGGACGAGAGGGAGCGGCAGUAUCGCCAGCGAUUUGCGAGAAAGUUUGGCACACGCAGUGCAGGGCAGGAGCAGAGAAGCGAGAUGCUGCGAGGACGCUUUUCCAUCGAGGAAGAUGACGCUGGAUCGAUUGGAGACGAGUCGGACGGCGACGUGGACCCUCUCGACAUGAACGCGCAGCAGGCAGCAGAAGCGAGUGGCGCCAGCCCGUGGCGUUCGUCUGCGGACCUGCGAGACUUGGCGCCGACGACCAAAGGAGAAGUCGCACGCUUAGGUGAGGCAGGACCCACAACGAGCGGUGUUGCGGCAAGUGGCAGCUCUCUUGUCGACGAAGGGCCGGAGCGAGCGCCAUCGCCGUCGCCAUCGACCUCGUCGCAAAACUCGGGCGCACGCGACGUGUGGUGGUAG